AUGUCUGGAAAAAACACAGUUUUUGCUUUGGAAGCUAUUGUUUUAACAAUUCUUCUUUUUAUUCCUGGAGUUUUUUCUGAUGAUUCAAUUCCAAUUCCAGCUGAUAAAUCACAAUUAAAUAGUUGGUUUGCAGCAAAUGUUAAGCCAUUAGAUGCAAGAAAAGACACUUUGGACCCUGCCCUUGUAGCUGCUGAGGCUAAUAAAAUUGUCAUUAAGGUGAGGACAGAUGGAAGUGGUGAUUUCAAGACUCUGACUGAAGCUGUUAAAAGCAUUCCAGAAGGGAAUAAAAGAAGAGUUAUUAUUUGGAUUGGAAGUGGAAAUUACACAGAAAAAGUCAAAAUUGAGAGGACAAAGCCUUUCAUAACAUUAUAUGGAGACCCUAAAAAUGUUCCAAAUAUUAUAUUUCAUGGAACUGCAAAAGAAUAUAAUAUUGUUGAAAGUGCCACAGUAAUUGUUGAAUCUGAAUACUUCAGUGCUGUUAAUAUCAACUUUGUGAAUUCAGCACCAAGACCAGAUGGAAAAAUGGUAUUAGCUCAAGCAGCAGCAUUGAGGACAGGAGGAGAUAAAGCCUCAUUGUAUAAUUGUAAAAUGUUUGGAUUUCAGGACACUUUUUGUGAUGACAAAGGCAAACAUUUCUUUAAAGAUUGCUACAUUGAAGGCACUGUUGAUUUUAUAUUUGGCAAUGGCAAAUCCAUAUAUCUGAACACAGAGACACAUGUAAUUCCAGGGGAUCCAAUGGCAAUGGUAACAGCACAUGCAAGGGAUGCAGAAACAGUAGACAGUGGAUAUUCUUUUGUGCAUUGUACUGUUACUGGAACAGGCCACACAGCAUAUUUGGGCAGGGCAUGGAGGCCUUUCUCUAAGGUUGUUUUUUCAUAUACUGAUAUGACUGAUGUUGUUCACCCUGAAGGAUGGUCUGAUAAUGGCAAACCCGACAACGACAAAUCGGUAUAUUAUGGAGAAUACAAGUGCAAAGGAGCAGGAGCAACUACGGCUCGUAGAGUUGGAUAUGUUAAGAAAUUAAGUGAUGCAGAGGCAAAACCUUUUAUCUCCCUUGCCUAUAUUGAAGGCUCCAAGUGGCUGCUUCCUCCUGUGGCACUUUAA